CUUCUGCAUCCAGGACGAAUCGAUUCAGGCUCCCCCAUAGCUGCAAUUCUCUCGCUGUUAAAUUGUAAUUACGAGGAUUCAUCAAAUGUCAGCUUUUCCAAACCAGCAUCUUCCUUCUGUUAUAAACUCUUUUGUCGAGCCAAACACCUUGGAUUGCAUGUCUGGCUUCCUCAGGGAAGAAAGCAGCGCCACCAAAACCUGCUUUUCUUCAAACUUUCCGGAUGCAUGCUUUCAGGAAAUUAUUUCCGGGCAAUAUGCUCAAAACCAUGUAGCUACAACUCUUAAUGAAGUGAAUCUAGAUGUCCCUUUCACAUUCCCUGUUAUCCCUUUUGCUAUUGCAAAUCAGGAGAUAGAUUCUACCACCAUACCCAUGCUGUUGGAACUUGAACAACGAGGCGAUGAUCAUCAAAUUACAGGAGAAGUGUCAGCGUCGGAGAACAAGAGAAAGAAAGUGGAAACAAAGGUAGAAAGAGAGAAAAAACGUGAGAAAAAACAUAAAAAUAUUCGUGGCUUGCAACAAGCAAAGGAAAGCAGGCUGAAGCCUGAUAUAAAGAACAAGAAGAAAGCUCCUGAGAAGGUCGAAACAGAUAAUUAUGCUCAUGUCAGAGCUAGGAGAGGUGAAGCAACAGACAAACACAGCCUUGCGGAGAGGGUCAGAAGGGAGAAAAUCAGCGUCAGGAUGAAGCUAUUGCAAUCACUUGUUCCUGGAUGUGACAAGGAAUUUUCUAGCUUGGAAAAAGCAUGGCCUCUGUCCUUUGUAGAAUCCAGCUCCACGGGCCAGUUUAAAGCGUUCACUGCAGCAACACCUGCACCAACUUCCUCGUUACUUCAUCAGACCGACGCGCAGCAGAGAUUGAAUAUCACCACUCGAGAUAAAGCAAUUUGUUAUGGGAAACGCCAUAUCAGAACCAGCAGCAGUUUGGCUUAGACAGUUUGUCUUCUUUUCAGAAGCAAAUUAAGGAAUAAAAGCUUUGCAACCAAAGACUGCAAUUAUAGAUACUGACAAGCAUCCGCUAUUUCUAUCUUCAAAUGGGUAAUCUUGUAUUGUUUCCGUUGACUUAAAUUUUAAGGGAAUAAAGAAUAUACGUUAUGCUA